AUUUGACCACCAGCCACCAGUCAAUCAAGAUGAACCGCAUCCACCCAACAGCAGCGCCAGCCAACCAUGGCUCGCGUACUCUCCUUCUUCGACCUGAGCAGCAGCAAGAGGCACAAUCGUCAAACAAUGCAGGCGUACUAAGACUGCGAGGCGCGACGAGUGACCCGACGAGGCAGAGGAGGGUGCUAUGGACGCAGGAUACCGUCGAUAAUGAGCAUAUGGGAAAGAAGAGCAGUAAAAUCUGCUGCAUCUAUCACAAGCCAAAACCAUUCGACGAGUCGUCCGAUGAGAGCUCCUCGUCUGGCUCCUCGUCUUCUGGCUCAGACUCCGAGGCUGAUUCAGGAGUGGAAUCAGCAUCCUCAUCUCCCUCUGACGGGCCAACGAUGUCGCAAGCAAUGAAAGACAAGCGGGUCAAGAAGGGCAAGGAGCGCAGCAGACGAGGGCAUGACCAUGAUCAUGCGUCAGGCGAGGCGUGCAAUCAUGAGCAUGGGCAGAGUAGUGCGUCAGCCAAGAAGAAAGCCAAGGGAAGGAGUCGAUUCAAGUCGAGCGGUAAUGGGACGAUGGUCAUGACCGAGACAGAGAAGCAAGAGGAGCAGCCAGAAGGAGGCCAAGACGACGGAGGUCAUGCCUCGUCGGGCUCGGAGAAAGACGAUGAAGCAGGGGAAAGGAGGAAGCGCAACGCCUACGAGCGUGGGUUGUCGUAGCUGGGAGGCUUGAGCAUGAACAAUCAAUAUCCAUCAUACCCAC